UAGCUUAACGGGUUGUUGGGUUGAAACCGGUUCAGGCUAAGAUUACUUUUUGGCUUAUGAAUCCAAAGAGGUUCAGACUAAGAUUACAAUGUUUGAAACAGUAAGGACUAAUUAUGUAAAAACAUAUGAAGUUCAGAGUACAAGUUAUAACUUUAUAUGAAUACACCUAUCCAUGAUAUCUGGUGCAUAACCAACUACCAAACAGGAUGAUAAGGUAUAUAUACCACUCCUUUUUUUCCUUCAUCUUCCUCCAAUUUCCAUUCCUUAUCUCAUUCAACAACAAUGGCCAUUUCACCUUCUUCUCCAGACUUCCAUUUACCUUCCAUCAACAAAAAUUUCACCUUCAAUUCUUCAAAAACGUCACCGAUACGUCUUUUUCUCUCUCACCUCUCUUCUUCCUCUUCAAGAACCCUGGUCCUCAACUCAUCCAGCAGCAGUUACCCACCACCCGUUUUAGAAGAUGACCCGUAUCAAGAUUCUUCUGAACCCGAACCCGAACCUGAGAAUCUUAACGUUCUGAUCUGCAAUCUCUUUAAAGAUUCGAAAACCGAAGAAAUGGGAGUUGAAAGUUACCUGAAAGCUAAGAGGAACCCGGAUUUUGUACCCGAAAGAUCAACUUUGCAUCAUCUUAUCAGGUACUCGAUGCGUUUGGAGAAUUGGAAUUUAGUUUGGUCGAUUUCUGAAGAUGUUAGAAAGUUUAACGUCUACCCGGAUGAGUCAUACUGUUGUAGAUUAAUCGGUAGCUGCAUUAGAGCUAGAAGAUUCAAACUUGCUAAUAAUUUACUUCACGUUUUGAAAUUUGAAAAGGAAGUUGCUGGUCUAACCUUCAAUUCCGCCAUGAAAACCUACAACAAGCUUCAUAUGUAUAGUAGCGCUAUUACUGUUUUUGAACUUAUGAAAUCUUCGGGUGUCGAAUUAGACGCAGAAUGUUAUGCACACACAAUGGAAGCUCAUCUCAAAAUGGGCAAGAACGAGAACGUCGUUUCACUGUUCCAAGAGUUACAGUCGAGUGAGAUCGAAUGGACGUCUUUUGGCACCCAAAUUUAUAGGCUUUUAUGCGAGUCUUUGGGGAAGUCGGGUCGACCCGUUGAAGCUCUUGAAUUUUUCAGGGAAAUGACGAAAAAGGGCUUCUCGGAGGAUCCGUCUUUUUACUCCUCAUUGAUCUCUUCAUUUGUGAGUGUAAAAGAUGUAGAAUCAGCAGAAGAGCUUUUGCAAGAAGCCAAAGGUAAAAAGAUGUUAAGGGACCCUUCGGUGUUCUUAAAGCUCGUAUUGAUGUACAUCGAUCUACGUUCACUCGAGAAGACACUUGCCAUUGUUUCUUACAUGAAAGAAAUGAAUAUCCGAGUUUCAGACUGCAUCUUUUGUGCUAUUGUAAACGGUUAUGCAAAGCAAAAAGGGCCGAGUUUUGCGGCCAACGUGUAUGAAGAUUUGGUCUCGCAAGGUUGCGUCCCAGGCCAAGUGACCUACGCGUCGGUCCUUAAUGUGUACAGUAGAACGGGCCUCUACAAAAAAGCCGAGGGGGUAUUUUGGGAAAUGGAAAAUAAAGGUUUCGACAAAUGUGUUGUGGCAUACUCUAGCAUGAUUGCAAUGUACGGGAAAACAAAUAGGAUCCGAGACGCGAUGAGACUCGUGGCUAAAAUGAAAGAAAAGGGUGUAGAACCGAACGUGUGGAUUUACAACUCUCUUCUCGAUAUGCACGGUAAAGUCUUGAACUUAAGGCAAGUAGAGAAGAUAUGGAAAGAGAUGAAAAGAAGGAAAGUGAGCCCCGAUAAAGUUAGUUACACGAGCGUUAUAAGCGCGUAUAGCAAGGCACGCGAGUUUGAAACAUGUGUAAACUAUUAUAAUGAGUAUAGACUCAAUGGUGGUGGGAUUGAUAGAGCGAUGGGCGGGAUCAUGGUGGGUGUUUACUCGAAAAUUAGUCGAGUUGAUGAAUUGGUUAAGCUUUUGCAAGAUAUGAAAGCCGAGGGUACACGUUUAGACACGAGGCUUUAUCGGUCUUCGUUGAAUGCUUUACGCGACGCCGGUGUGCAAAUUCAGCCUAUGUGGUUGGAAGAAAGCUUAGAUCGGGUUUGAGUUUUGUACAAAUAUACGAUUUUUGGUUUCUAAUAACUUUUGUUUAUAAGCUUAAACUGAUUUAAAGGUUAUUAAUGAUUCUUGGUGGCAAUUCAA